GUUACCGCUGGCUCAGUCUCGGCUUGUCUGGGCUGAAGGCAACACGGAAUUCGUGACGAAAAUCAUCAACCCCUUCGAAAAUCCCCUCGAUCCGGAGCCCCGGGAGACGUGCUAAAGAUAGAAAACAGGAACCGUGUCGCGUGUGCCGUUCACCAAUCGUGUUUCGACAUCGUAAUAUUCGCAGAUCUCCUCAGGUUCGAGAGACUGCGAUUCGAAUGAGAUCUCGCCGCUUUCGUACCGAGAGGAGUCCGCGUACGCGUACUCACGAGGGACGAGAGAAAUUUCGUCUGGCGCGUUACGAUACUCGCCUCUCUAUUCCGUGGACCGAGAUGAGGAAGAGGAAACAGGGUGCAGUAUCACCGACUAACAAACAGAGGAAGGACUUUGGCAGCUUGUAAAUCGCGUUCGAAUCGAUUCGUGGUACGCGAAAUAUCGUAUCAGGGAAUCAGAGAAAUCGCGUAUCGCACAUCAGAAGAGAAGGAAACGUAAGCCGACUCGACAUGGGUUGCGAACUUGGCAAAUUGGCUACACCGAAUCAACCUACCACAGAUCCACGACUUCCGCUUACGGCAAAACAGAAAUUUACGGUUAUGGCCAGCUGGAAAGCUGUAUCCAGAAAAUUGGAGACAACCGGUGUCUUUAUGCUUAUGAGGUUGUUCGAAGAAAAUGAAGAAUUAGUACAAAUGUUCUCACGAUUUUUGGAUUUAAAAUCGAAAGAAGAACGAUUCGAUAUGGUAGAAUUAGGAAAACAUGCAGAAAAAGUAAUGGGUGCUCUAGAUGAAGGUAUCAGAGGCCUCGACAACAUGGAUGAUUUUCUGACAUGCCUUCAUCAAGUCGGAGCCACGCAUACGAAGAUUCCUGACUUCAAUCCACAAUAUUUUUGGAAAAUCGAGCAACCGUUUCUAGAGGCUGUGAAACGAACUUUAGAAGAUCGAUAUUCGGAAAAUGUGGAGAGCACUUACAAAGUGACGAUCAAAUUUAUCAUCGAGACGUUGAUCGACGGAUUCGAUAAGGCACAGAACGACAAGGCACAAAGUGGCACCGCUAAAUCCUAGUCGUCUUAAUCAAUAAAGAGUACUCCUUCCUCCC